AUGGAUCUCCUGUCAGGUGGUAUACCUGGUAUAAAGUGGUCUGGUGUGAAUGGGGAAGAUAAUGUACUUGUUCUCGACUUGCUUGGACCGAGCCUUGAGGAUCUUUUUGUGAUUUCCUGCAAGGUUAAGGAGAGUGACGAGCGCAGCUUCGUUGGCAGAGGUAGAGUCGCAUCAGAAUAUAUUCACGGCGCCGGAAUAGAGAUGCCUCGUCGACCUAGAGCUGACAAGGAACAACGAACAUGUGGUAGAUUAAAUGAUCGUAUUGUUACAAUGUCCGAUCGUGGUAAAGUAAAAGCAUCCCAUGAUGCUCGGCACCAUAAGUCUAGCAAUUUUGUGGAUGACGACAGACACAGUGAUCGUAUGGAUAUUAUCGGAGAGGGACCCUCAUCGCAUUCCGUCGAUGAUGAGUUUGAGUAUCCAGACAUUGAUGAGCACCAUUUGUUUGAUGAUGAGGCGGUUGAUGAGCCGAUUGAUGAUCCAAUUAAUGAUGUAGCUGAGGGUAAUGGUGUUCCCGUUCAAGGUGUUGGUGUUACGGAACCUAGUCACCCAUGGAAGUUGCUAAAGCCAGCACCGGGAGGCCCUAAGAUUAUCAAUAUGAUCCCGAGUUUUGGUUCUCAUAUUGUUUUUGAUAUAUGGAUGGGCAAAUCGCGUGGUGUGUUGAAGUCAUUGAUUUCUGCAUUUGUUGAAAGAUGGCAGCCGGACACGAACACAUUCCAUAUGCCGUUCGGAGAGAUGUCCAUCACCCUCCAUGAUGUUAGUUAUAUCAUGGGAUUACACAUUGAUGGAAAGCUACCACUCGCCAUCGGAGACCGAGAGAAUGCGAUUAGAGCUGCUUCUUGUUGUUUGUCUGCUCCGCUUUCAAAGGUGCGCGAAUGGUUUGGCAAUAAAGGUCCAACAUAUGGGGAAGUUGUUGCACUUUACAAGGAUAAUGACUCCGCUGAGACUCGUGCUCGAAGAUAUAUCUUAUAUCUUAUCGGCUCCACAUUGAUCGUUGACAAGAGCGGGGGCAUGUUUAAGCCGACAUACAACCCAUUGAUUGAAGAUAUUUCGAAAGUCAAUCAAUAUUGA